AUGCCACAAACAAGAAAGGCUUCUUCUGCAAAAAUUGUCAAUAAAGACGCUACUAUCGGUUCACGUAAACGCAAGAAUGAUUCCAACAAUCCUGAAGAUGAUGAACAAGACCAAAUUAAUCUUACCACUGAAGAACAAAUUUCUCAAGAAAACGGUGUAAAUAAUAAUUCCGAAACUCCUCCGGAUAAAAAAAGAAAAACUGAUGACCAAGAAGACCAUCAGAACAAUGGUAGCAAAAUUGAUCAUAAUGGCGAUACCGUCGUUCAUGACUUACAAGAAAGUCAUCAUGACCUACAAGAAAGUCAUCAUGACCAUGAUCAAGAAAUGACUGAAAGGGAACCUGAUACGAAUGGUGAUCAUUACGAAAAUGGUGACCACCACAAGAAUAACGGCAACUUAACCUCUCAAAUUUCUCAAGAACUUGAACCUGAAUCUGAACCGGUUCAGAAUAAAUCUAUCGAUACUGAAAAGAAGGAUGAACUUGCAAUGAAAAUAUCCGUUAAUACCCUUGAAAAGGGUCACGUCUUAUUCCUUUACAGGCCAAAACUUGGCGUAGAUAAUCCAAAAUCUAUUGAUGAUGUGCAACGAAUGUACAUGGUUCUUAUACCUUACCUUGUUCGUCCCUCUCUUGAUAAAGAUCCGGUUUCUAGUUUUGCCCAAAAACUUUCAACUGGUAACCUUGAUGUUGAAACCGAUGCAAAUGCAGAUAAUCAAUCAAUUGGCAAAACUCGUGUAAUUAUUGUCGGAAAGAAAAAAUUACCCGAAAUUAACAAACAUGAGUGUUUUUGGGGAUUCGUUGAUCAAGCUUUCAAUAAUUUGGACGAUAUUAAAAAAUUCUUUGAUCCCUCCGACCCUCAAGGUCGAGGUGUUUAUAACAUCGUAGAACACAAUAACAGAACACACUUGGCUUACGUAUUGGAAGUUCCAGAGGAUCCUUUUCAACUUCAACUUGAAUUUAAUGUUGGUAAAAAGGGGUCUUAUGCUCUAACCGUCAAAAAUCCUGACGUUGCCAAUCCUCGAAAUGUUGGCCUAACCGAAUCUGAGAAAGUCAAAUUCCCAGAACAUCUCUCAAAUCAUUUCCGUGGUAGACGAUUUAUUUCGCUUCCAACAACAAAUUUCUUAGAUUAUAAUGGCGCUGAAGUAUUAUUUAUCGGUGCCAGAAAUGACAUAGCAGAUGAAUUAGGUCAAGAAGUCGGUGGUGAACUUGAAGGACAUAAAACACGCGUUUGUAAACUUCUAACUCGCCGCGUAACGAUGCAUCAAUUGACACAAGAAGCUUUAGAAAAACAUUUAGACUCUUUUGGUGAUAUAACAAUCUUAAAGAACCAAUUUAUUGAAACUUACGUAGAAGAACAGCAACAACAAACUUUCAAAAUGACUGAUAAAAAGAAUUCGAAUUCAAAAAACAAUAAGCCAAAUAAGAAGCACCAUAGAAAAACCAAGUCACUGCUUGCAAGUUCUCAAAUUAUGCAGAACUUUUCUUCUCGUAACCUUGGGACAAGACGUGUUACGCUUCGUUCGGAUUCGAAACCGGGUAUUUUUAAUAAAGGAAAGGCAUCGGAAAAAGUUUCUACCAAAGGAGUUCCUGAUUUGGUAUUUUCCGAAGUUGACUUCCUCAAUUCGAGGUCGUCAAAGAAACGUGGGCGUGACCAAAAUGGCAAUACACAUUCAAAGAAACGUGGGCAUGAUCAAACUGAAAAAACACAUUCUAAGGGUUCUAAUCACCUUAGUACACGAAGAGUUCGCCGUAAAAUUGACAAGAUUCUUCAAUCUCAGGAAAAAGAUGAUGAUUUACUUUCAGAUGAUAGUUUACCAUCGUUGAAAAAUUAUUCCAUUGUUGAUUCAAGUAAUUCUAUCCAAAAUCUAAGUGUAGAUAAUUCAUUCAAUGAGAAUGAGUUGUCACAAAAUAAUGAUCAUUCAUUAUCUGAUAAUAAUCAUAGUCACCCAGACGAUGUAUCUCAAUCAGAAUCACUUAUAGAUUUAUCUUAUGAAGCACCACUUCCUCAUAGCAAUUCAAAUGAUCACACUUAUCCUACCGAAUCUCCUUAUUUUGUGACAAACUUGUCGGAUGAUGGUUUACCAAAAAACUCAUCCCAAGAUAUUUAUAACUGUAAUCAACAUCAAGAUACGCAAAAGGAUACGAUUCAAGAUAAAAAUGAUGAUGAUAAAACAAUUUCAUCUAUAGAGGAUGCUUCCAAUUCUUUGCAUGCAAAUACAGGCCCUGCUGGCGAGCAUUCUUGUACAUAUCGGGUAUCUGGAAUAUCUAAUGAUAUCAAAGAUAAUUCUGAAUGUAAAGAGUCUCCUAAAAUUAACAAACAACCGAGUGAUUUUUAUAAGUUUUUUAUGGCAGAUGCCAAUAAGAAACAUUCAUUUAUAUCUCAGGCUGUAUCAUCUUAUUGUGCAUCACAAAAACCUGCGGUCACUACUGUAGGUGUUCCUUCGGCGGCCGUAAAAUGGUUAUUAAAUGAUCAUAAUGAUCAUAUUUUUUCGCCAUCUUAUUCGGAAACUUCCGCGUUAUAUUUAAAUGACGAUGCUCUAACACAAAAUGGUAUUGAUGCUACUGUUGAUGGAACAUAUUUGCAAACUGAUGAAGAAUAUAUUAAGUAUCCUAAUUAUUAUUCUUCACUAUAUGGUAACGAAGAUAUCAAUAAGAAAGACACGAUCAUUGACUUUCGAGAAACACUAAAUGGUAUUGAUAUUGAUGCUACUGCUGAUGAAACAUAUUUGCAAACCGAUGAAGAAUAUAUUAAGCAUUCUAAUUACUAUUCUUCACUAUAUGGUAACGAAGAUAUCAAUAAGAAAGACACGAUCAUUGACUUUCGAGGACUUGAUCUUUCAGAUUUAUUUAUUUGGAGAAAACACAAAUUGCAUUAG